AAAAUUAAAAAAGAUAAGCACCUUCUCGAAAUAAAAUCAAGACCAUAGCAUCUCCAGUUAUUGAAAAAAAAAACAGUUAUUUAAAAAAAAGAGAAAAAUGAUUUGUAGAAAUUCAGUGAAAAAUCAACGGCUGAGAAGCUCCGAUUGAGAAGAAAAAACACGUACACACCAACAACCCACACCGAUUCAAUUUAAUCGGCUGUGUCGUCUUUGAAAUUCACGCAAACGAUCAUCUCUUUCUCUCUCUCUCUAACAUUUCUCUCACUAGAACAAAGAUGGUGAAAGGUCCAGGUCUCUACCCUGAUAUCGGCAAGAAAGCCAGAGAUCUUUUGUAUAAGGAUUACCAGAGCGACCACAAGUUUACUCUCACUACCUAUACCGCCAACGGAGUUGCCAUUACCUCAUCAGGAGCUAAGAAAGGUGAGUUAUUUUUGGCUGAUGUCAGCACUAAACUGAUCAACAAAAACAUCACGACUGAUGUCAAAGUGGACACCAACUCAAAGCUAUUCACAACUAUCACAAUCGAUGAACCCGCACCUGGACUGAAAACCAUCUUCAGUUUCGUUGUUCCUGAUCAGAGAUCUGGCAAGGUUGAACUUCAAUACCUGCACGAGUAUGCAGGAAUCAGUACUAGUAUUGGUUUGACCGCUAGCCCCUUGGUCAACUUUUCAGGGGUAGCCGGAAACAACACAGUGGCACUCGGGACUGAUGUCUGCUUCGAUACUGCUUCUGGAAAUUUCACUAAAUAUAAUGCAGCAUUAAGUUUCUCAACUUCUGACCUUAUUGCAUCUUUGAUCCUGAACGAUAAAGCAGACACCCUAACUGCUUCCUACUACCAUACCGUCAGCCCAUUGACUAACACAGCGGUUGGCGCAGAGUUGAGCCAUGGGUUCUCUAGCAACGAGAACUCUCUAACAAUCGGGACUCAGCAUUCACUUGACCCAUUGACCACGGUGAAGGCUCGGGUGAACAACGCCGGCAUAGCAAGUGCUCUUUUGCAGCAUGAAUGGCGGCCGAAGUCUGUGUUGACUAUUUCGGGAGAAGUGGACACUAGGGCGAUUGAGAAGAGCGCGAAGGUUGGAUUGGCUCUAGCUUUGAAGCCUUGAAGCGCUUUAUAGUGAUGUUGGCACCGGAAUAAGUUUGGUUAAUGACUUGAUGUUGAUUUUCCAAUUGAGGACUUACCGCCUUGCAAAAAAUUUCCAUUGAUUUUGGUCUUGUUUUCAAUGGAUCAGUUGCUGUUUAAGCAGACAUAUUUUUUUUAAUCGGGUUGAUUAUCAUCUUAAAAACUGUUAAAAGCGAAAAAUCCACAGGUUUGAAUGAGAACAGGAAUGUGUUUGAUUA